CUCUGCCCAGAGAUCCCUGACUCAGAAACAUUUCUCAGUUUCUGUGAUUCUCUCCACGAUUUCCUUAAAAAGCUAUGAUUCCUUGUUCUAAAUUUGGGCAUGAGCUGAACCUUGAAAGGAAUGUCCUGAACCAGAGCUCCGGGGAAAGAUGGAAGUGUGUGUCCCGCCCCAACAAGGAAUCAUUUGGGCUCAGGGAGGCGGCAAAGAUGCUCUGCGUUUUAUAAUAUUGCGCACAAUCGUCUGGGUGAGGGCUGGCACCUGCGGGCAUCGGUAUCCCCACAUUAACACUUCAGCUACCCCGGGAAUCACUUUAUAUCAAUUUGGGGUACUGGUUGGCACAUUUUUUUGCUGUUUUUCACCCACUUUUUAUUAAACCGAUUGUGUCUGGCAGUGUUCUUGCCACGAACUUAACCCGCAAGUACCAUAUAGUUAUUAUUUCUUCCUUGCUCUUUAGUUGCACUACUAUCUCAUUGCCCAUCUAUCAUUUUUAAUCAUGUCACGGGUGGCAAAGUACCGGCGCCAGGUGAGCGAAGACCCUGACAUCGACAAUUUGUUGUCCACUUUGUCCCCGGAGGAGAUGGAGCAGCUGCAGAAAGAGUUAGAUGCCGGGGACCCAGAUGCGGGAGUGUCGGCUGGGCUGCGGCGCGACCAAACAGAGAGGGCAUCCUGCCAGCGAGAAGCAGAGAGAGAAAGAGAGAACAAGAAGUUGGCGCAAAGGCAAGCUACAACUGAAAAGGAGAAAUCUACAGAGAAGGUUAAGGAUAAUAAAGAAAAAAAAGUUGAAGAGAGCAAAGAGUCUCGUACCAAAGACCAAAACAGGACAAAAAAACUGGAAGAGCCAAAAGACACCAAAACCCAGAAAACCGACCUCAAAAAAGAAACCCCAAAACCAAAAGAUGAUCGUGUUUCCAAGAUGAGAGAGAGAUUCAAACAGGAAAAAACCAGUAGCACGGUGGACAAAGAGAAGCCUGAAAGAAUUUUAUCUAAAAAACCCAGUGAAGAGAAAGCCAUGAAAACAACAGAAAAAGGAAACACAGAGUUAAAAGCAGAGAGAGAUGUCAAAGACAAAAAGAGGGAGGCAGAAGAAAAGCCUCCAGAAAAAUGUCAGGUUCCAGAAAAGUCUCUAAAAAAACCAGAGAAACCUGAGGGUCUGUCAAAUGAUAAAAAGGUAAUAGGGAAGAACCUACCAAAUGAGCUGAACAAAGAGAGUUUGCAGCAAGAACAGCCUAUUGAGAAGCCUGCAAAUGAAACACAGAACCAGACAGAAGAGGGCAAAGAAGAUGAGUCAUCCAGUAUUUUUGAAGAGCUUAUGGAAAAGGUUAAAAAUAAUGAUCCAGAAACGACAGAAUUAAACGUUAACAAUUCUGACUGCAUCACUAUUGAGACACUAAUGAGCUUUACAGAGGCUCUGGAGUUUAACACAGUGGUUAAGGUAUUCUCUUUGGCCAAUACCCGGGCUGAUGAUCACAUAGCUUUAGCAAUUGCUGCCCUGCUGAAAUCGAAUAAGAUCAUCACGAGUAUCAAUCUGGAUUCCAAUCACAUCACAGGCAAAGGGAUCUUGGCCAUCUUCAGAGCCCUUCAGCACAAUGACACACUAACAGAGCUGCGCUUCCACAAUCAACGGCACAUUUGUGGGGGCAAAACUGAGAUGGAGAUUGCUAAGAUGCUUAAGGAAAAUACCACACUGUUAAAACUAGGGUACCACUUUGAGCUUGCAGGGCCCCGUAUGACUGUCACAAAUUUGCUGAGUCGCAAUAUGGACAAACAGAGGCAGCGAAGGCAAGCAGAACGUGCUGCACAGGCAACAGAUAACAAGAAACCAAAUUGCCUUGAAGUGCCAAAGAUCAACACCACUCAGAAAACUAGCCCAAAGCCAUUGCUACAAUCCUCCCCUAUGAACUCUCAGAAAAGAACUUCAAAAAAAAAUGAAGUGCCAGCUCCCCCACCCCCUCCUCCACCCCUUGCUCCUCUUGCACCACCUCUUAUUGAGAAUAUUAGAAAUUCACUGUCUCCUGCCUCCCAAAGAAGAGUAGUGGAAAAAACAGGACCUGAAGAAAAAAAUUCUAGGGAUCAGCUCUUGGAGUCCAUCAGAUCCAGCAAUAUCAAACAGCUUAAGAAAGUGGAAGUGCCUAAAUGGUUGAAGUAAAAAUGCAUCAUCGUGUGUCUCACCUCACUACCAUACCAUGGAUCAUAGAUUGGUGGCUUAAUAAAUCCUGACAUAAUGAGGCAGUACAUUGGACUUGGGUAGCUGAGGGAUCAAUUUCUAACAAUGCCUUAAAGGAAAGAGAUUGCCAUAUUUAUUUUGGUUAUUCUCUUUCAAACCAGCUUACUGCAGUGGCACUUUCUUAACUUUACAUUAAGUCUUAUUUAUCCAUCCAUGCAUUGCCAUCCUUUAUUCUGGAUUGUUAGUUUCUCCUUGAUGCACUAUGUAAGAUGGUUCACUUUUUCAUAUUAAUUAAUUCAGAGAAGCUAUUUUAACUAUGCCCUUCACCAGAUGAAUCUAAGGACUGUCAGAGUUUGUUUAAGUAAAACAAAAUAAAUAAAAAGCCAUGUUUGCAAAGUGAGCACUUUUCCCUCACUUGGUCCCCUAAACAGUUUAUUUUCUACUGUCGGUUAAGGUGUAUGAUGGAUACUACGUAUCGCUGCUCAGAGAAAUGAAAUUUACACAGAUGAGAAUAUAUUUUAUAUGUGUUGUAAUUGUAUUGUACAAAACGGCUAUCUCCCUGUUUUCGAGAGCUUAAUAAACAUAAAUAAUUGCUCUGAA